AUGGACAAGGUUCUAAAUGGCAUUGCCGACGAGGUUGCUUUAGAAGGAGAUCAAGGAUGCACAGUCGACAAGCUUUUCAUUCUUGUGGAAACGUUGCUUACAAAGGCCUUGAAAGACACUCCACUCAACCAUGCAAUACUCUUUGACGAUCGCUAUAAAGCAUACCUCUGGCAACAAAUCAAACAUAACACACAAUUACUAUUUACAGAGUGUAAUGAAAAAGCCAUCGAUCCCACGGACCUCACCUACGAUGAGCUCAAAUCAAGGGACAUUCUUGUCAAAACAACAGAUCAAGUGCUGGAUCAAAACAUUUAUGGAAGCUUAAAGGAUGUGAAAAAGAGCUUGAACGAGAAACAAAAACACAUAUUGAACAGCAUUGCAAAGAGCCGAAAUCAGGGCAUCAGUCAAUAUGAAUUGGGCGAACUCUUCGAUAUGGAUUCGAAAACCAUCUAUUACCAUGUCAAGAAACUAGAUCAGCUAGGCUUAAUAGUCAAGGAAGACGCAUACGCAUCUCGCAUGAUUACAAAGCUGCUAUUUCUGAAGCGCUUUGCCAGUCGAACAAGCAAUGAAGAAACCAAAAAUCAGCAGAAUGAAAGUAUCAUCUAUCGCUUGCCAGUGUUUAAGGAAACAAUCAACAAAAUACUCGAACAACAGGCAGACCACAUCAUGCCCAUAUCCGAUUUGCUUGAGGCAUUGUCGCUUGACACCAUCAAAGAGAAGAAAUGGGCUCGAGUGAGGAUACAAGAGAUGCAUGAGCAAGGCCAGAUCGAGAAAUUCAAUGCGACCGAUGGCAAGAGAUUGAGACAAUGUAUCAGGCUUGUGUCAACUUCAACUACACUAUCCACAUUAGCCACGUCCCAUGGGCUUCAAGAAGAUGCAAUACAAGCCAGUAAGCCCUUUGCAAUGGACAGAGACUUACCUUGCGACUAUGUGUUUUACAGGGACGUCCAAGCUGCAGCAGAAAAAGGCCUUACUCGGCAAGACUUGAUUGACAAAUAUCCGUUUAUUGACCCUGUCCAAACCAAGAUUUUCUUUGAUAGCGCUACUUUUCCGCCAAAAACCUCGGAUUUGAUGCCAUACAUGUUGCAUUGUACUGAAGAGGUAUCUGGAAGGACUCGGCAAUUCAGAUAUUAUACCCAGAGUGGAUGGAGAGCUUUCAACAAAGCAAAUGGAAUUCAAAUCACAGACGAGCCCACCCUAGAUAUAGCUCCAAAGUCAAAAGAACCCGAGAUACUACGGGAACCCACAUCCAUCGAUGAGAUCAGCCGGGCAUUGAAGGAACCUGCUCGCAAACGUCUACAUUACAGCAAGGAAAGAUAUCAAGCCAGGAAAGAGGCAGCGGCCAAGAAACGAAAAACCACGGCUGACAGCACACCAGCCAGCACACCAGCCAGCACACCAGCCAGUACACCAGCCAGUACACCACCGCCCGUUGAUACAGAAGAACUAGCUAGUCAAAUACCCAACAAAAGAGCCAUUGAUGAGACAAACGAUAAACCUGUGUCGCUUACUACAAAGAAAAGAGGAAAGAAGGAUCCAGUGCGCAACGUUACCAAAACACGUCGCUGUGGUAUCAUCUUGGACAUGGUGGAGAAGGUUCAUAUCCGAGAAAUCAAUUCAGACAUGAUGACCGAAUUCAGGAGCAUUGAGCUGGAGACAGCUGGAGGCCAGAACGUGGCACGCAAAACAUUUGACGACUUGGUGAAGGAAUUGCACGAUCAGCAGAAGCUCAAAAUCUAUGUUACUGCCAUUAAGAAGCCCAAUGGAUUGACAGACAUCAAGAAGUUUGUGUUGCACGCCAGUUUGACGGCAGACAGCCCUCAAGUAAAGGAGUUUAUUGACCACUAUCAUGUUCAGAAGCCCAUUAUGGAUGGUCUCUCAGGGCGGAAGGAGAUCAAGGCUGUUGCUAUGCCUGCUUUGCCGCAUUCCAGUCAUUGCGUGGAUAAAUCAGGGGUAACGAUUGUGGGCAAUUCCAAUUCAUGGCGUGUCAAUGCCAUUGAGAAUGGCUGGGUGCCUUCUAAAUGGAAUAGAGCAAAAGUAUUGCAUGUCGCUUUGUUUAAAUAUCUCACAUUCAGAGGUUCUCUAGAUGGCAUGGUGGAUAUGGCUGAUUUUCUGAAAUGGAUUAGAUUGCGAACAGUCAUGAAGAUUUACGGUACACUGCCAUACGAUGACCCUACACUGAAGGCAUUUCUUGAUGUGGAAGAGAACCGAGACACGGCUAUCUGUAAUUUACCAGCAGAUAUCAAGGAAAUUGUAUCUCAAGCAGCACCUCGUAUUCGAGUACGUAUUGUGCGUCUGAUUCAAGCCUUGCAUGCUCUGUCGCUGAUAGAGACUGAAGGGGGCGCUAUGAUUGGAUAUAGGAUUCCGCCAAAGAUAUGGCUACUGAAGCAAGGCAUUAUAAGAGACUAUGCCGCCCCAGGACACCCUCUUCAAUACACAUUGCAGUUGAGCGACAUCAAAGAUAUGCAGCGGUAUUGGAGAGAUUUGCAUAGGUGCUGUGUAGUGAAGCGCAUGAAAACAGACACCCUCCACGACGAGAAUGACAUUUUUUAUAACAUUGUUUUGGUGAGAUCAUGGCGAUCCAACACGCUGCUACCCAAAGCACAGAAAGCUGUACUCGAUUCCUUUAUUGAUUUUGAUGCCAAAACGGUGCCUACUGACGAUGACAAAACACUGCGAAUUCACAUUGCGCGAAAGACAGAUCUGUCGCCAAAGCGUGUUCAAGCGUAUUACAAUUCAGUGUUGAUGGCAUUCAAGAAAUAUGCCAGUCGAAAGGAAAAAGAAGAGCAAAAGGCGGCAAGAAAGGAACAGAAUCUCAAGGCGUCACCUGCUAUUGCUGAAUUGAUGCAAGCCUCGAUGGAAAAGCGCAAGAUCAAUGCAGCCAUGUUCAAGCUGAAACAGCAAGGGCCUUUUGUUCAGUCCACAUUCGUAGCUAGCAGAAAGCUGCGACGAUUAAGACUUCCAGUCGAACCUGAGGGUGCUCAAAAGAGAAACACCAAAAAUGCAGAUGGCCACAUCGUAAGCGAUGUUGAAAAGGAUGUCAUGAUACAUGCUUACAGUAUCAUGAAAGCAAGAGCUGAUGCCUCGCUCUUUUACUGGAGUCCCAUUGCCAAAGUCAUCACAUCAUGUACACCAGAAAAAUCCCGUCGCACGAUUAGCUAUAUGACAAGACUAAAUCCUCAGCUCUUGGACACCAUCAACAAAUUGAAGGCGGAUUGGAAGCAGAUAUACCAAGAAGGCAUUACCAAGGGAGAGAUCAAGGACGACGCACCAUGGGAUACUCAGGACUAUGAUUUGCCUGGUUUUCUGGAGUAUUUUAUUCUGAAAUUGCAAGAGAGAGAGAAGCAAGCAGACGCUGUUGUGCCUUUGCCGAGAAAGCUAAGCGGUUUUGACUCAAAAUUCGCCAUUGUUCGGGAUGGCAUCCCUACCAGUGCUGCUGAUAAUUACUACCAAGUAGCUGCGUACACACACUGCUUUGAUGGACAUGAAUAUGACAUCUCGACCAACAGCGUCAAUCAUUAUGACGAGCAGAAAGUAUCCAUGUACUUGGUCAUGGUCCUCAUCAAGAUGAUGUUGAUCACGCCAGACGAUAAAUACAGCACCAAAGAUGCCUACAUGCUAUUAAGAGCGUAUCCAGAAGAGGUGAUUGAACAAGCUGUCGAUAAUUUAACGGCAACGGGCAUGCUCAUGAGAGGCAAAGCAGGCUUUGGUCGCAUUCCAGGAAGAGGCAUCAAUGUAUCUGAAAAGUUUCUCAUUGUGGCUGCUGGCAUCCUUCCUUACGAGUUCUUUAAGCAAGCAAGGCAAUUUCACGAAACUCUGGCUUCUAGCGCUUAUUUUACUGAUCUGAAAGCAUCUCAUAUCAACAAUGGAACAGUAGCCGCUGUUCUAGACCUUGCUUCCCAGGGAAAGAUUUCAAUAGGUUUGCAGGAUGUCGAGAAAUACCUCAAGCCAAAACGGUCUACUUACUAUCCCAAAGCAUCAGCAGCUGCAUUGCGUGAUGCGUAUAUCUACAAAGACCUCGACCUACGUAUCACUUCCACAUGUGAUUUGAUUGCUCGCGACGUACCUGAUAAUUGCGUAGAUCGUGAUGGCGUUGUAUCCAUAUCGACACAUGAAGAAAUUGAAGACAUGUUGCAUGCACUCAAGGACAAACACCCGCUUUCAGGGGCAUUGUACAAUAUAGUGUGUUCCUUUGGAAAGGCUGGUGCAUCCAUCUAUGAGAUACGGGCUAAAUUUGACGGCCAGCAUUCUCAUGAGAAAUCCCUCUUGUUCUUUGAUGCACUAGAAUCACUUGAAAGCCAUAGUCCACCUCUGAUUUGCAUCAUUGGAUUCGAACAUUUACGUUAUGUAGCAUCCGAGUUCAUGUCAGAUUGGUUUAUCAAGCAAAACAAAGUACGCUACAUUUUGCCGCUCAUGUGGUAUGAUACAACCGGAUCCAUCAUUCCCGAUGCGCUAGAAGGUUGUGCUAAUGCUAUCAUGAGCCAUAUCCUGAAGAAACCGGGCAUAUCAUUUGCCUUGUUACGAGAAUCAUUUCAAGGAUUCUAUACAAAUUUUGAGCUUUAUCACAUUCUCAAGUAUUUGUUAGACUCAAAACGGAUUGUGGCUAGAACAAUACAAAGAGCAGUACGACCUAAACGAGUAUCGAUUUUCGAUAAGAGACCUCUCGUCUCCUUGGCAACGACAAAACAUACCCUAAAUACCGAUGAAAUUACUUGUUAUUGGUUAGCACGAGAUUAUUAUCUCUAG